CUCCCCCCCUCCCGGUUUCUGAAAUGCCUAACGGUAUACCGGUGCAGUAGAAAAUCAGGAUAUGAUGAUCGGCAUUCAUCACGCAGAAAGACGAGCGAGGCAACCGCAACACAAUCUGCAGUCGUGAGGACAUCAUCCCCCCCCCCUUACUGUCAGUAUGGAGUGACCGGUUUCAAAUGGAGGUUUGGUUUGGCAAUAAUCUCGCUCGUCGAGGAAUUGCGGGAUUCGUUGCUUCGUUCUGCGGGGGAUGUUUGUUUCCUUCCGCUCUUGCUUCAAAUGCUUCUCAGCUCAUCGUCGGAGGAUAUCAAGCUAUGGAGACUGUCCCGCGAGAGGCUGGAGAGCAGAGGCCGAGAAGGAAGAGGGAUGUCCCAAAUGCGUCUAUCUGGAAAUCAGACAACGGGCUCAUUGCUGCUCUGAGAUUAUACUUCAUUCGAUUCAACUAUACCGGGGUCGUGAUGGGUGAGUGGUCGCUCUGAUGCUUCCAUUCCCCAUUUCCGUUCGUUUCGCACUCGAUUCAUUGGCUUGCAAUCAAACCA